AUGAAUAAACUACUAUCAUCUCUAAUUAACUUUCACGUAAAUGAAGAGUUAAAAAACAGCUAUAAUAUUAGUGAUAGAUUAUUAUAUAGAGUUUGGAAUAAUAUAAUUUUAAGAAAUGAAAUUCAUAAACAUAUUUUAAAGUUUAUUAAACAUAGUGAUGAAGAUCUUGAUAUAUCAGGUUAUAGCAAGUUUAAAAAUAAAUCAUAUAUAACAACACUUACCUGGCGUGGUAAUACACUACCAGAUAAAGAUGAAUAUCCACCAUUUUUGACAAAUUUAUAUUUGCACGGUUCUUCUAAAAUGCUAACUCUAACAACUUUACCAAACACAAUUACUACACUCGCAUUCCAUAAUCGUUUUAACCAAGUAAUUCCACCCGGUACAUUACCAAAUAGUCUCACAACACUCACAUUCGGUGAUUGUUUUAACCAAGUAGUUCCACCUGGCACAUUACCAAAUAGUCUCACAACACUCACAUUCGGUUCUUGUUUUAACCAAGUAGUUCCACCUGGCACAUUACCAAAUAAUCUCACAACACUCACAUUCGGUCAUUGUUUUGACCAAAAAGUUCUACCCAACACAUUACCAAAUAGUCUCACAACACUCACACUCGGUAAUUUAAUCCAAAUAGUUCUACCCAACACAUUACCAAAUAGUCUCACAACACUCACAUUAGGUUAUUGUUUUAAUCAAGUAGUUCUACCCGGAACAUUACCAAAUAGUCUCACAACACUCACAUUAGGUUAUUGUUUUAACCAAGUAAUUCUACCUGACACAUUACCAAAUAGUCUCACAACACUCACAUUCGGCAAUGAUUUUAAUCAAGUAGUUCUACCCGGCACAUUACCAAAUAGUCUCACAGCACUCACAUUCGGUGUUUGUUUUAACCAAGUAAUUCUACCCGGCACAUUACCAAAUAGUCUCACAACACUCUCAUUCGGUUAUGAUUUUAACCAAGUAAUUCGACCCGGCACAUUACCAAAUAGUCUCACAACACUCACAUUCGGUUGUAAUUUUAACCAAGUAAUUCGACCCAACACAUUACCAAAUAGUCUCACAACACUCAAAUUCGGUAGUCAUUAUAGGCAUGUUGUUCGACCCGGCACAUUACCAAAUAGUCUCACAACACUCUCAUUCGGUUAUGAUUUUAACCAAGUAAUUCUACCCGGCACAUUACCAAAUAGUCUCACAACACUCACAUUACCUGUUAGUUUUAAUCGAGCAAUUCUACCCAACACAUUACCAAAUAGUCUCACAACACUCACAUUCAGUGUUUGUUUUGACCAAGUAAUUCGACCUGACUCAUUACCAAAUAGUCUCACAACACUCACAUUCGGUGAUUGUUUUAACCAAAUAAUUCUACCCGGCAGAUUACCAAAUAGUCUCACAACACUCACAUUCGGUGAUUGUUUUAACCAAGUAGUUUUACCCGGCACAUUACCAAAUAGUCUCACAACACUCACAUUCGAUGAUUGUUUUAACCAAAUAAUUCUACCUGGCAGAUUACCAAAUAGUCUCACAACACUCAUAUUCGGUCGUUAUUUUAACCAAGUAGUUCCACCUGAAACAUUACCAAAUAGUCUUUCAACACUCACAUUCGGCAAUGAUUUUAACCAAGUAGUUCUACCGGACACAUUACCAAAUAGUCUCACAACACUCACAUUCGAUCAUGCUUUUAACCAAGUAAUUCUACCCGGCACAUUACCAAAUAGUCUCACAACACUCACAUUCGGUGAUUGUUUUAACCAAGUAGUUCCACCUGGCACAUUACCAAAUAGUCUCACAACACUCACAUUCGGUCGUAAUUUUAACCAAGUAGUUCUACCCGGCACAUUACCAAAUAGUCUCACAACACUCACGUUCAGUUAUAAUUUUAACCAAGUAAAUCUACCCGGCACAUUACCAAAUAGUCUCACAAAACUCACGCUCGGUGGAAAAAAAUUGAAAAAAUUCAUAUAA